AGUAAAUCAUUUUAGUAAACAAAACAGAAGAAGCAUCAUGCCUGUCGAUGUUAUUGGAUAUGCCUUCGCAGCUACGGUUGCCGCGGGUGGUGUGUUAGGUUAUGUGAAAGCUGCAAGCACACCUUCUCUUGUUAUGGGAUUAGCAUCUGGUGCUGUCUUAGGAAUUGGAGCUUAUCAAACAAGCAAUGAUCCCAAAAAUGUGUAUACAUCACUCGUUACAAGUGGUAUAUUAAUGGGAAUUAUGGGCGCUAGAUUUAUUAACUCUGGAAAAUUUAUGCCAGCUGGCUUGGUAGCGACAUUAAGUUUAUUGAUGGUGGCAAGAUUGGGUAUGAGGUUAAUGAAUCAGUAAUAAAAAAGACUGGUUGAUUUUAUGUGUAUGAUUGGUGUUGGAUAUCAGCUGUUUUUUGUUUUGAUCAUUCAUGUUAUGUCAGAUACUAUGUUGAAUAUAUAUUUUGUGGAACAAAUACUCUG